GAGCCAUGGAGGUCUCUACGGGGCUGGAUUCCAGAAAAGAGUCCACUGUAUCUGUUCCCAGUGAGUCACAGCCGACACCAGUACAGAUCACAGUGCUGAGAGCGCAGGACCUGAAAACUCUCAAAAGCGACGUGUCAGUCACUUCAGUGUGUGUGGAGUACAACGGAGUGAUCCUGGGAGACUCCUCCAGGACUAAUGUCCUGCCAAACGGGACAGCAGACUACAAUUUCACAACCAGCUUUGACUACAGCCCCAAUGGGCCCAACUCCCUGGAUGACAUUGCACAAACCCCUGUGCUCUUGACAGUGAUAGAAAUGUUGCAAAAGGACAAGAAACAGAAGGACAGGACCGUACCUCUUGGCCAAGCUGUGGUGGACCUUCUACCUCUACUGCAAGGACAGUGUUCAUUUCAGGUCACAGCUCCUUUAUAUGCAGUGUCUACCUCUCCAUCAGAGAGCCUUCACCCAGAGGCCAAGGGUGGCCUUGAAGUGACAGUGAGCACCAAAGAGCCUUUGGUUUCUGCCACACAGCUUUCAGACGGUAACUUCCUGAGCAUCACACUGGAGGCAGCUUAUUCUAUCCCUGAAGCAUUUGCUGUCACAGAACCUCUGCAAAACUACAUGGCUUGCUUGCAAGUACCAGCAGCUGGGGAGAAAGAACUUCCCUUACUCUUCAAGAAUGGCAUCCUGAAGCUUGCUGGUGAGAAAGAGCCAUUACCCCGCCCCAAAAAGUGGCCCCUUGCUAACAUCGUGGCCCCUGGUGCUCUGAGCAUACCAAACUCCUUCAUUGUUGGUGGUCCCUAUGAGGAUGAAGAUGGAGAGCUCAAAAAAGAAGAGGACAGGGAAUUUAGGAUCCAAGCAGAAAGCAUGAAGAGAGUUGUGUGGGACAUGGAAAGUCGUUGUUACCUGGAUCCUGCUGCAGUAAUCACUCUGCAGAAGCGUAUUGCAGAGUGCCAGUACUGGCCCGUGGAGAUCUGCAGGGUAUGUGCAGCCUUACCCAGCAAACGGAAAACCAGCAAAGCUGACAAGGGAGAUGAGGAAAAGCAGAUUUCCUUCCAUGGUGUGGCUUAUGUCAACAUGAUGCCUUUGCUCUGCCCUGGUGUGAAGAAGAUCAGAGGUGCUUUUCGUGUCUGUGCCUACCAAGACAACAAAGUGUUUGAGAAGACCAAAAGACAGCACAGUGUUUUCCAGGAUCUUAGGGGGCAGCUCAGUGUGACUCGGAGAGGCUCAGGGACCUCAGAAAUCGGUGCUCCUCUUAACCGAGCUGCUCCCAACAAGACUCAGAAGGAAGACAAAGAGAAAACCACCAACAAGAAGAUGUCCCACACACCCAAACUUCAGUUGCCAAAUGGCACAGGAGAAGCGGAAAACGCCGUGCAUCUCAACAACCUUGAAGGACAGCAAUACACUGAAGCAGGAACAUUCCUGGUGAUGGAGAUAAAGCUGCAUAAGGCCUUGGUACCAAGAAGACUGCGAGAGGAGCUCACCAAACAGGUCAAGCAAAUGAUUCCUCCUCGCCCUCCACUGCCUCCUCGGACAUCAGGAGCCCAGAAGGCUGUGGAAGAUUAUCACCACCACGUCAGGAGCAUUGCUGCUGCAAUCCUAAAUGAAUGCCAUGAGCUCUUUGGGAAGCAGCUGCCUGACCAAAGAACAACAGACCACCAAACCCUGGAGGAACAGAAGCGUCAGCUCAACUUUGAGCUGAACAGCUCUGGCAAAUACUUUGCUUUUAAGGAACAGCUAAAGUAUGCUGUAGUGAAGAUUGUGAGGGAGAAAUAUCUGAAGACCACAGCAUUUGAGAGCCAGGAGCAAUUCCAGGCAUUCCUCAGUGAGCUCUAUGUGUACCUCAUGGACCAGAUGCACAUUGCCCUGAAUGAGCUGCUGUUUGAGGAAGCUGCUCCUUCUGCCCCUCCAUCCCAAGUGACCCAGAAGCAGCUCUGGCUCUUUGCUCAUGAGGCUCAAGUCAUCAAAGACUACAAGCUGGCAUCUCUCUACCACCAGCAGAGGAUAGCUAAGGACCAGUACAACAUCGAGUGCUGGCUGGACUAUGGGGCAUUCUGCCUCCUGCUCGAGGAAACAACCAAAGCACAUGAGUGCUUCCAGCAGGCUCUUUCUCUGGAUCCCAAUCACAUCCAGAGUUUGCUGCUGUGUGGGAUUACAGCUGCCAUGCUGCAGCACAAUGAAGAGGCAGAGGUUUUAUUUGAGGACGCCUGCUGCUUGGAGCCAUCCAGCGUGGUGGCCUGGACACUUUCAGGUUUGUUUUAUGAACUGCAGGAUAAUAAUAUUCAGGCAGAAAUGGCCUUCCGUGAGGCUAAAAAGCUCUUGCAAGCACAGCUCGCCAAGGAGAGGAGCAUCCCUGAGGCUGCUGAGGGAGAAGGAGAGAAGGUUCCAGAUGGUUCUGCUGACAAACUGACAAAGGUGGCAGAGCCUGCCCCAGCCUGUGUGGCACCCAAGGAAGAGGUGACUGCACCAGAGGCAGCCCCAAAAGCACCAUCCCCUGCUUCAGGACUUGGACAACCUCCCUGCACAAUUUUCAUGAAGACAGUGGAAUUCCUGAUGAAAGCCAAUGCUGUCCAGUUUGUUCACAAGGCCCUUGCCCAUGAGCUGCUGAGCCUCGAGGGAGGUCCCUCCAGUGGGUACUACUUGGCACUGGCCCAGACUUACUUGCUGAAAGAAGAACUCUCCAAAUGUGAAGAAUGUCUCUGUGAGGCUGUUAGGAUUGACUGCAUGAAUCCAAAUAUCUGGGCUCAGAAAGGGCACCUCUGCUACCUGAAGAAAGACUUUGGUGAGGCAAAGGAGUGCUAUGAGCGAACCGUGGGGUUUAUGGAGGAUGCUGAGGAUAUGCACAUAGUCUACCUGCGCCUGGGCUCCAUCUACCUGGAGGAGAAAUUGUACGGCCAGGCGAAGAAGAUCUACCUGCUCGCCUGCAACAACUCCUCAUCCUGCCUCACCUGGCUGGGGGUGGGAAUCGCCUGCUACAGGCUGAAGGAGAUGGUGGAAGCAGAAGAUGCCCUCUCUGAAGCCAAUGCCCUCAAUAACACCAACGCUGAAGUGUGGGCAUAUCUCUCCCUCAUCUGCCUGCACGGAGGACGGCGUAUGGAGGCAGAGCAGUGCUACAAGUACGUCUGCAAGCUGGGGCUGACGAACGACUCGCUGCUGCGGGAGCUCCGCGCCGCCCAGCUGCGGUUCGGCUUCGGCAACCCGGAGCUCUGA